CUUUCUCCAUUUUUUUAUAAUCUCGUGUUGAGGGUUAGUUGUAGCACUUUUCCUGAAAAGAGAGUGACAGAACGACAUUCUUCAAAUAAACAAAGAUCGCAUGAUACGAAUUAAUAGUAUUCUUUCUAUAAGAUCAUCUUCAAGAAAACACCAUCACAUGGAAGUGCAAGUGCCGCUAUUUAUUCAAAUAACAACCUAAAAAGUGUACCAAACGCCGAGGCUCUGGCUUUUGUAACCAUCGAGAGAGAGGAUAUGGAAAAGGGUCUAUUGGAGAAAGAAAGAGAGGGUCUCUCAUCAAGCAUAACAUGGGGUGUCCUUGUUCAAGAGGUGAAAAGUCUUGGUUAUCUAGCGGGGCCUAUGAUUUUUGUGACUUUGUCACAGUAUUUUCUACAAAUUAUUUCAAUGAUGAUGGUUGGUCACUUAGGUAAACUUGCUCUCUCUAGCACUGCGAUUGCUAUAUCUCUCUGUGCUGUCUCUGGCUUCAGUUUUCUUUUUGGAAUGUCAUGCGCCCUAGAAACUCAAUGUGGACAAGCAUAUGGAGCGCAACAAUAUCGAAAAUUUGGUGUACAAAUUUACACUGCUAUAGUCUCUCUUAAUUUAGCUUGUCUUCCUCUGUCUCUUUUAUGGAUUUACUUGGAGAAGAUACUCACUUUACUUGGCCAAGACCCUUUGAUUUCACAAGAAGCUGGAAAAUUUGCUCUGUGCAUGAUUCCUGCUCUUUUUGCUUAUGGAACACUUCAGGCCCUGGUUCGGUACUUUCUGAUGCAAAGUUUGACAGGUCCUCUUGUCAUAAGUGCUUUGGUUACUCUUUGCUUCCAUGUAGCUUUUUGUUGGCUACUAGUUUUCAAAUCUGGAUUAGGAAACUUAGGAGCAGCAUUGUCAAUUGGUACUUCAUAUUGGCUGAAUGUGAUUUUACUUGGAUUAUAUAUGAAAUUUUCUGCUGAAUGUGAAAAGACUCGGUUUCCUAUUUCAAUGGAGAUCUUCCAUGGGAUAGGAGAAUUCUUCCUCUACGCUAUUCCUUCAGCUGGAAUGAUAUGCCUUGAGUGGUGGUCAUUUGAGCUUCUUACCUUGCUUUCUGGUCUUCUACCAAAUCCAGAGCUAGAAACUUCUGUAUUAUCCAUAUGUUUAUCAAUCACCACAACAAUCUAUACAAUACCGGAAGCAAUUGGCUCAGCAGCAAGCACUAGAGUUUCAAAUGCAUUAGGAGCUGGAAGGCCACAAGCAGCGCGAGUGUCUGUUUCAGCUGCCAUGACUCUUGCAGCUUCUGAGGCUCUUCUGGUGAGCUCAAUCCUUUUUGCGUGCCGCCGUGUUUUAGGUUAUGUAUUUAGCAAUGAGCAGGACAUUGUGGAUUAUGUCACAGAUAUGGUUCCUCUCUUAAGUCUAUCUGUUAUACUGGACAGCUUGCAUGGUACCCUUUCAGGUAUUGCUAGAGGAUGUGGGUGGCAGCACAUAGGAGCCUAUGUGAAUCUUGGAGCCUAUUAUGGUUUUGGAAUUCCAAUUGCUGCUACAUUGGGUUUCUGGGUACAGUUGAGAGGAAAAGGCCUAUGGAUUGGGAUAAUGAUUGGUGCAUUCUGUCAAACAGUUAUGCUAUCCCUCAUAACAAGUUUUACAAACUGGGAAAAACAGGCAAGUAAGGCGCGAGAAUGGGUAUUACAGGGAAGUUUUGCAGAAGAAGAUAGAUUAGUAUGAGCAAAUGGAGUAGAAUCCUUGAAGGUUUCUCAGCUUGUUUAAUUGACAUUGGUGAAGAUUCAACCUUUGGUUGCAGAAAAAGAUCAAACUGCAGUUACAUUAAGGAGGAAAAAGUUUUCAUCCCAGGAAAAUUAUAAUAGAAUCGAGAUUUUUUCUCAAUUCAUUUUCUGUCAAAGUUUUGCAAUGUUCAUGUAUUUUUGUUUCAUCUGAAAUAAAAGCAUUAGAUGAGUUCACAAGCAGUCACGUCUUUGUGUGUGAUUUACGUAUAAACUAUAUUGUAUUUCAAUAUCUUAACAACAAACAAAGCCUAUUGUCACUAUAUGGGGUCACAUACAUGAGUUCACCAUAAUUUCCCCUUAUGCAUAAAGUGUAGAGGUAACUCAUUUAUCUUUAAAUAUCCCCCAAUUGUUUGA